AUGGAGUUUCGGACGAGAGGCGCAAAAGAAAUCCGCAAAUUGCGCCAGCACCUGCCCUACUGCAGCUUCUUCCAUCAGGGCCAGUUCUGGGCCAACACUCAUUCACAUCCUACCCCACGAGACCCAACAACCUCUGCUCCCACAAUUCAAGUCGAGCCAACAUGGAUUAGUGAGGGACCUCGAGGAUCGCGUCACCGUCUCGACAAAGCCCCUUUCUCACUUUGGAGUGACGAGGUAAGUGACUAUACGACUCCCACCGAAUCUCAGGCAAAAUGGAUAUUUGAAACCUACAAUGCGACACGUGUAGAUUGGAUCGUUCCAUUCCUGGUCGUCACCACAAGUAGCCCGUCGCUACCUGACCAUGGCGGCUUGAUCAGUCUGACACUUGGCUGCACGCCUGUCAUCUUCGUAUCCCAAGAGACCACAGAUAGCGGGUUCAGAGCUGGUCCACCCCAAGUUAAUGCUCUGCAUUACGUAUGCACCUCGAUGCCGGACCCCCUCCCUUUUACAUCUAAACCCUGGACAGACCCGAGCGAUGAGGAAGUGAAAGCAAUCCUAGAUCAUCUACAGGUGUCUCAUGGUGUACAUAUUCAAGCAUUGAAUUUCAUAUUUCCUGACCUUAUCAUCGAGAUCCUCGACGAUGGGAAGACAUAUCUACCAGAGACUCUACCUGCGCGACUCGGGGGUUGGCCCGUUAUGUAUCAUUACCGCACUCCUGGAAGCACAGCAUUUUGGGAUGCCCCGAUCACUAUGGCUCGACAAAGAGAAAUCAGCAGUCCUUCCAGCACGCAGAAGGGGGAUGACACCAACUUUUUGAAUAUUGGUAAUCGUAUGAUUGGUCCUGGGGUUAGAGUGGAAGGGUCUGAGAAGGUCUCAACCGCGGGUGUCCGAAUCAAAAAAGGAGAAGCAGUUCGAAUUACCUUGGCGAACCACAGCUUUGAGGGCUGUGAGCGAGUUUUCCAUCCGGAUGGUCAUGCAGGAGACUGGAUUGGAAAUAUAACUGAGAGAUUUCCAGAUCGUGACUGGGCUCUAGCAACUCUUCAUCCGUCAAUAUCAUUCAGCAACAAUCAGAUCUUCGAGUGUCCUACGCCAGCAUCAAAGUUGGUCAUGGGACAGGAAUUGAAGCUUCGGGAGUGGUACAUCUGCGAUGGGGUCACGACUGGGAAAAUUGCUCUUCUAUACUCCGGCGUAAGGUAUCUGCGCUCUGAGGAUGAAACCAACGGCAUUAUAACGAUGGCAGAGCUCCAACCAGCCUCAGUUUACUUCGGGCGAGGCCCCACAGGAGGGGAUCCGGAGGUGAAGGAAGUCUGUUACAAUAAGCUUAUAGAGUCACUUGAUAAAUACACCGUGCUUCCAUUCACGACUCCUUAUCCUCCGACCCCAGGACUCCACACAAUAACCGUAGCAACCACGGCAGCAAAGAUGGCAUACAGGGGCCUAAUUGUACCCAACAUGCCCGCACUGGUCAAAGUCGCAAAAAGCCCACCUGAAGGAGUAAAGCCACCGUACAUCCGCGACUGGAAGGCAGCAGUGAUGGACCCUUUGUGA